UGCCGCUGCCCCGCGCGGGGCCCGCGCGCCGCUAGCAGCAUGUCUCGGCGCAAGCAGGCCAAGCCCCAGCACCUCAAGUCGGACGAGGAGCUGCCGCCGCAGGACGGGGCUCCCGAGCACGCCGUCCCCGGGGAGGGCACCGAGGACGCGGACAGCGGCGCCGAGAGCAGGAGCGGCGGCGAGGACACCAGCGUCUGCGAGAAGUGCUGCGCCGAGUUCUUCAAGUGGACGGACUUCCUGGAGCACAAGAAGGCCUGCACCAAGAACCCGCCGGUGCUGAUCGUGCGCGAAGAUGGGCCGGCCCCGCCCUCCGAGGACUUUCCGGAACCUUCUCCGGCCAGCUCUCCCAGCGAGCAGACGGAGAGCGAGGCUGCCGAGGAGGCAGCCCCCGCGGAGGGCGGGGAGGGCGGGGAGGUGAGGGCCCCCGAGAGGGAGGACGAGCCCAUGGAGGUGGGACCCUCCUCGGACAGAAGCUUCCAGAGCCCAGGCCCCUCGCACGCAGGGAAGCCGCCUCUACCUCAAAUCGCGGAACCGGCCCCCGCGGCCGCGUACAGCAUGCCAAACACCAACGUGACGCUGGAGACGCUGCUGAGCACCAAGGUGGCCGUGGCGCAGUUCUCCCAGAACGCGAGGGCUGCAGGCGCGGUGGGAUCCGGCGCUGGGGUGGCGGCGGUGGCCAUCCCCGUGAUCCUGGAGCAGCUGAUGGCCCUGCAGCAGCAGCAGAUCCACCAGCUGCAGCUUAUCGAGCAAAUCCGCAGCCAGGUGGCCAUGAUGAACCGCCAGCCUCUGAGGCCACCCCUGAACCCCGGGGCGGCCCCGGGGGCUCAGAGCACCCCGGGGCCGGCCUCCAGCCAGCUUCCGGGGACGGCCACGCCCGGGGGCCUGCAGCUCGCCCCAGGGGCCGCCCCUGGCCCCACCGUGCCCGGCCCCGCCGCCCCGCCCCCGGCCUUCGAGGGCGCCCCGCACCUGCCACAGCCGGCGUCCGGAGUGGGUGCCCCGCAUGUCCCCGGCGGGGGCCCCUCGGCCCCCGAGCCCAGCGGCCCUGCGGCCCCCGGCGCAGCCCCAGCCUCCGGGGCCAGCGCCUCCAGCAGCGCCGCCACGCAGCCGCAGAACACGCCCCCCGCCCUGGGGCCGGGACCGAUGCUGGGCUCAGCUCCCGGCCUGCCCAGCCCGCUUCUACCUCAGACCUCGGCCAGCAGCGUCAUCUUCCCCAACCCGCUGGUCAGCAUCGCGGCCACGGCCAACGCGCUGGACCCCCUGUCGGCCCUCAUGAAACACCGCAAGGGCAAACCCCCCAACGUGUCAGUGUUCGAGCCCAAGGCCAGCGCCGAGGACCCCUUCUUCAAGCACAAGUGCAGGUUCUGUGCCAAGGUGUUUGGGAGCGACAGCGCCCUGCAGAUCCACCUGCGCUCCCACACGGGCGAGCGGCCCUUCAAGUGCAACAUCUGCGGAAACCGCUUCUCCACGAAGGGCAACCUGAAGGUCCACUUCCAGAGGCACAAGGAGAAGUACCCCCACAUCCAGAUGAACCCCUACCCCGUCCCCGAGUACCUGGACAACGUGCCCACCUGCUCCGGCAUUCCCUACGGCAUGUCGCUGCCUCCGGAGAAGCCGGUCACCACCUGGCUGGACAGCAAGCCGGUGCUGCCCACCGUGCCCACGUCGGUCGGGCUGCAGCUUCCACCCACUCUCCCCGGUGUCAGCAGCUUCGCCGACUCCCCCAGCCUCACCCCAGCCAGCCGCUCCCCGCAGCGGCCCUCGCCUGCGUCCAGCGAAUGUGCCUCCCUGUCGCCGGGCCUCAACAGCUCCGAGUCGGGCGUCCCCAUGAACGCCGCAUCCCCACAGCCGGUGCUUGGUGGCUCUUCUCUGACCAAAACCGAGCCCGGGAGCCUGCCUGGCGCCAACGCCAGGGCGGGAGACGCCCCCGCCGCCUCCACGGUGGUGGCCCCCUCGCUCACAGACGGCAGCAUAUCGACAGGCCUCUGCAGCCCAGUCCUCCCGGCCGGCUCCGACCAGUUCAAGGCCAAGUUCCCCUUCGGAGGGCUGCUGGACUCUAUGCAGACGUCGGAGACCUCCAAGCUACAGCAGCUGGUGGAGAACAUCGACAAGAAGAUGACGGACCCCAACCAGUGCGUCAUCUGCCACCGCGUGCUGAGCUGCCAGAGCGCCCUCAAGAUGCACUAUCGCACGCACACGGGCGAGCGGCCCUUCAAGUGCAAGAUCUGCGGGCGCGCCUUCACCACCAAGGGCAACCUGAAGACGCACUUCGGGGUCCACCGAGCCAAGCCGCCCCUGCGGGUGCAGCACUCCUGCCCCAUCUGCCAGAAGAAGUUCACCAACGCGGUGGUCCUGCAGCAGCACAUCCGCAUGCACAUGGGCGGGCAGAUCCCCAACACGCCGCUGCCCGAGGGCUUGCAGGACACCAUGGACGCGGAGCUGCCCUUCGACGAGAAGGCGGCCGAGGCCCUGAGCGCCUACGAGGAGGACAUGGACGAGAACUCCCUGGAGGAGGACGCCGAGCUGAAGGACGCGGCCGGCGACCCGUCCAAGCCCCUGCUGGCCUUCUCGGGCUCCUGCCCACCCUCACCACCCUCUGUCAUCUCCAGCAUCGCGGCGCUGGAGAACCAGAUGAAGAUGAUGGACUCCGUCAUGAGCUGUCCGCAGCUGACCGCCCUGAAGUCCAUGGAGAACGGGUCUGGGGAGAGCGACCGACUGAGCAACGACUCUUCAUCCGCCGUGGGCGACCUGGAGAGCCGCAGCGCGGGCAGCCCAGCCCCGUCCGAGUCGUCCUCUUCCAUGCAGGCCCUGUCGCCCCUGCACAGUGCCAGCGAGAGCCCGCACUCCAAGUCCCCGGGCCUCAGCGCCCAGGACGAGCCCCAGGAGACUCCGUUGAAGACGGAGCGGCCGGACAGCCCGCCCCCUGCCCCCGAGAACGGAGGGGCGCUGGACCUGACGGCCAUGCACCCCAGCCGGCCGGCCGUCAAGGAGGAGGCCCCCUUUAGCCUGCUGUUCCUGGGCAGAGAACGGGGUAAGUGUGCGAGCACUGUGUGUCGUGUCUGUGCCAAGCCUUUUGCUUGCAGGAGCGCGUUGGAGAUCCACCACCGCAGCCACACAAAGGAGCGGCCGUUCGUCUGCGCGGUCUGCGGACGCGGCUGCUCCACCCUGGGUAAUUUAAAACAGCACUUACUGACCCACAGAUUGAGGGAGCUGCCUUCUCAGUUACUUGACCCCAACUUUGCUCUAGGUCCCAGCCAAAGCACCCCCAGCCUGGUCCCUGGCUCCGCACCCACCAUGAUCAAAAUGGAAGUGAACGGGCACAGCAAGGCCAUCCCGCUGGGUGAGGGCCCAACGCUGCCCGCUGCGGUCCAGGUGCCCGCGGGGCCCCAGGCGGUGAUGAGCCCCGGCCUCGCGCCCAUGCUGGCCCCCCCGCCGCGCCGGACGCCCAAGCAGCACAACUGCCAGUCGUGUGGGAAGACCUUCUCGUCGGCCAGCGCCCUGCAGAUCCACGAGCGCACCCACACCGGGGAGAAGCCAUUCGGCUGCAGCGUCUGUGGGAGAGCCUUCACCACCAAGGGCAACCUCAAGGUGCACAUGGGCACGCACAUGUGGAACAACGCCCCCGCGAGGCGCGGCCGCCGCCUUUCGGUGGAAAACCCCAUGGCCCUGCUGGGUGGUGAUGCCCUGAAGUUCUCGGAGAUGUUCCAGAAGGAUCUGGCCGCACGAGCCAUGAACGUUGACCCCAGUUUUUGGAACCAGUACGCCGCCGCCAUCACCAACGGUCUGGCCAUGAAGAACAAUGAGAUCUCCGUCAUCCAGAACGGAGGCAUCCCCCAGCUCCCCGUGAGUCUCGGCGGGAGCGCCCUCCCCACCCUGGGCUCCCUGACCGCCGGGCUGGACAAAGCGCGCACCGGCAGCAGCCCACCCAUCGUGGGUUUGGACAAAGCCAGCUCGGAAACGGGGGCCGGCCGUCCGUUCACAACGUUCAUCCAGGACGACAAGGAGGUCGGUAUUAACUAGCUAACCUGCGUGCGCCGGGGCGAGGCCGGCCUCCCUGACGGUUUACCCAGAGCUGAAAAAAUAUCACCACGUGGUGUGGAAAGGGGGCCUGUAAGCCCCGGUGAGCCUGACGGCUCUCGAGAACUCUGUAACCUUUUAAAUAAAUUUAAGUCAGAAAGAAGUCCUUGGAAAGCCGCCUUGGGAACAGAAAGGGCUCAGACCACAUGCAUCCUGUUCCUCCUAAACCCUGCCAGUCCCCAGAGGGAAGGGCUCCCCGCCCUGUUCCAGUCAAACUCCUUCAGUGGUUUUGUUCGAAUUAGUUAGAAACUUGAACUCUGCUUCUUGAACUCUUAUCUUGAAGACGUGGUCUAGUCCUGCCGGCUCAGUCUCACGGCAGCGUCUUGUCUGUGUCUGUAGUAUUUAUGAUGUUGAGAUUAUGCGGGUAACAGACAAUACAGCCCAACUUUAAUGGAAGCUUUUGUACUGCAGAAUACAUCUGGCUAUGUGAGUUUUUUUUUUUUUUUAAGCAAGAUUUGUUUUGCUAUAAAUAAGUGGUUUAUUUCCAUGCAGGCAAAAUUGUGAAGUUCUGUUGGGAAAGAGCAUGCGUUUUGUGUGCGAGCACCUGUCAGUAACAAGCCUUUUUUUAUUAUUAUUUAAAUGUUUAGCUGCUUUGUGGACAGUGGUCUCUAGUGUGGGAACAAGUUGCAGACAGACGUCAUAAAUUAUUCACAACACGGUAGCAGUUGUGAGGAAAUAGUUCACAUGAUCACAGCUGUACAAUAAAAAAGGUAAUGUUUGUAUGAUGUGGUUGCAAACUCUUAAUUUAUACUAUUGCACUUUUAGUAUUUUGUAUUAGGGAGGUUUGUCUAUAAUUUGAAAAUUUUAAAAGAUGUAAAGUAUUUUAUAAAUAGUACUUUGAAGGAAAAUGAAAAAAAAAAAAAAAGCUGUCACAGUCUUAGGCCAGACAGAUAUGAGGAAUUUGUACUCCUUAAACAGAAAAGCCCCCAAGACUUGUCAGCUCCUCAGCAAACUAGGGCCUGCAUUUCUUGAAUUAAAUGAUCUAUUUAACUUUUCUACAAAGCCCAUCUAAAACUUGACCACCCUUAGCAAAACUUUGAUGAAUUAAUCUUAGGACUGUUGACACUGAUACAAGCCAGGAAGUCACUUCGAGAACGUUGCGCAGGUUUAACUUGACUGUGGUCUCUGCCGUCCGUUUCUCACCCACCCCCGGCGGAGAGUCUGCCUGCUGGGAGCACUGGGGUUGUGCUCAAGGAACUGGAGAGAGUUCCGGGCGUCAGGCGGUGUAAUCAGGCAUAACUGGGAAAUUUGCCGCGUUCCUGAUUGAUUUAUUAUCGUCUCAGAUGAAAACGAAGCACACUGGCCUCUGAUCACUCAAAAUCCAGCCUCGUGCUGGUGACUGUGCGGGCCGCUCCGAGUGAGGAGGGCCCGGGCGCGGGGCCGGGCGUGGGCUGCACGGAAGUGUCGCGUGUUCUACCUCAUCCCGUGCAUGGCAGGCGUGCUGGAGUCUGAAGCCAGGACCCUCCGCCAGGAGCGGCGCCCCAGGCUCUUCGUGGGGCGGGGGCCGCGCGAGGAGGUGAGGAAGGUGUAGAAACAGAAAAACAGGACAAUCUUUCCAACACAGCCACAGCAAAUCACGCCGUGUCACUGAACAGAGAGUUUCAGAGACUCGCAGAUAAGCAGACCUAGGGGUCAUUUCCGUGGGAAAUGAACACUGAACUCCACAGCUCUGUUUUCCACGGAGCGGGUGGGUGAGGCCUGUCCCAGCAUCGGGAACAGAAAACUGAGGUGCUCAGUGUUGCUGUGUUUCAGCAGUGAAUGUUCUUAUUUAUCUGUGUCCUUUUUGGUGUGAUGAUCUUUUUUUUGGUUUUUUUGGCUUAGUAUUUGGUACCAUGUGGUGUUCUCUCCUCCCGACAGGAUGUGUAUAUAACUUAAGAGAAGAGGAAUGUAAAGUGCUGUAAAUAAGACGGCUCGCGGUGGGCAGCGUGGCGGGCCCGCCGCGGGCAGGGCGCGGCCGCCCUCCCCGUGGGGAAGAGACACUAUUUUUCUAUUGCAACACCAUGUAGGGCCAGGGGCCUCCCUGAACCAGCGGGGAACCGCUUCCCAGAUCCACUAUUUUUUAUGAUGAAAUCUGUGGCUUGACACAUCUACUGAUUGAAAUGGAUGUCUUAGUCUAGGUUACUAUUUUUGUCACAUGGAACUGAAUAAAAUGCAGGAUGUACUAUUAUUUCUGAAUGGCGUUCAUUGAUUAUUCUAAUGGACAAAGUGGACCUUGGAGUGGCGGCCACUGACGGUGGCUGUGUUCCCGUGGUGCUUCUCCCGGGAAGGUCAGGGAGGGCGGGCAGCCCAGAUGGAACCCCGUCUGGGUGUGUCUCCACUGGUCUUGAAAUUUUCAUUUUUCACUUUCUUCUAAAAUAAAAAUGCAGCCUCCUAAUUGUGGAUUUUUUAAAAUUUACAUCUGUGAUAGAAGAAGGCGUUAGUAGAAAAUGCCUAAUUACUAGAGACUGUUGGCAGGGCCCCAAGUGACCGCCUCCUGAGCCGCCUCCCCCUUGUCGGGUCCCUUGGAGACGAAGUAGCUGCGCCUCC